GUGAAGGAGGAGCGGGGAAAAGUAAGUGAUGACGAAGAGGCAGCCAGCAACGAUAAUCAAACAUCCAGCAUUGAGUAAGCUUGCACAUGGUGUGUCAGUCUCCUUGAAAGAAGUUCUCAAGCCUUGUUGUGUACAGCUGAUUUUAAAGACAACAUGAUGACCAUCCGUUGAGAGCGAUAGACAUCGUGGCCUUGCUUGGUGACGUGCUGCUCCCUCUGUCCUUGUCCCGGUCUCCAGCCCUGUCUCCACCCAAACCGAACAAUCACCAUGGGGAUUAAGAAAGAUGCCGACACCUUGUCGACUGGCUCCAUGCGUUUGAAGCAGGAGAUCUCCCUGCUCCACGGGGUCUGCCUCAUCGUGGGCAACAUGAUCGGCUCGGGCAUCUUCGUGUCUCCCAAAGGGGUUCUCCUCUACACCGGCUCCUUCGGCCUGUCUCUCGUGGUGUGGGCCAUCGGCGGGGUCUUCUCCGUGUUCGGGGCUCUGUGCUACGCCGAGCUGGGAACCACCAUCCACAAGUCUGGGGCCAGUUAUGCAUAUAUCCUGGAGUCCUUUGGAGGCUUUCUGGCUUUUAUUAGGCUGUGGACGUCCCUGAUGAUCGUGGAGCCAGCCUGCCAGGCUGUCAUAGCCCUCACCUUCUCUAACUACCUGGUGCAGCCCUUCUACCCCACCUGCACAGCCCCUUACGAUGCUGUGAGACUCCUAGCAGCAGCCAUCAUCGGUCUCCUGACAUGUGUGAACUGUAUGAAGGUGAAGUGGGGGGCCAUCCUCCAGGUGGUCUCUACAGUAGCUAAGGUCCUGGCUCUCAUCGUCAUCAUCAUCGCUGGGAUGGUUAAGUUGGGACAAGGCCAGACGCAGAACUUUGAGGAUUCGUUUAAGGGUUCUAAAGUGAACCCUGGGGACAUGGCUCUGGCUCUGUACGCUGCUCUCUACUCCUAUUCCGGCUGGGACACACUCAACUUUAUCACCGAGGAGAUUAAGAACCCGCAGAGGAACCUCCCGUUGGCCAUUGGGAUCUCAAUGCCCAUCGUCACGGUGAUCUACAUCCUGACUAACGUUGCCUACUACACCGUGAUGGAUGCUGAAACCGUGCUGGCCAGUGAGGCUGUGGCUGUGACGUUUGCUGAUGAGAUGCUGGGCUGGGCUCGGUGGCUGAUCCCCCUGUCGGUGGCCAUCUCCUGUUACGGAGGACUCAACUCCUCCAUCAUCGCUGCCUCCAGGCUAUUCUUCGUGGGCUCCAGGGAGGGUCAUUUACCCAACGUCCUCUGCAUGAUCCACGUCAAACGCUACACUCCCAUCCCAGCACUGCUCUUCAACGGUGGCAUGUCUCUGAUCUACCUGUGUGUGAAGGACGUGUUCCAGCUCAUCAACUACUUCAGCUUUAACUACUGGCUGUUCAUUGGUCUGUCCAUCGCCAGCCAGAUCUACCUCCGGGUCAAAGCUCCGGACAUGCACCGGCCCGUCAAGCUCUCCCUCUUCUUCCCCAUAGUGUACUGUCUAUGUAGUGUGUUCCUGGUGGUAGUACCUCUCUACAGUGAUACCAUCAACUCUCUGGUGGGUAUCGGGGUGGCUCUUUCUGGAGCGCCAGUCUACUACAUCUGUAUCCACCUGCCCCCCUCCUCCAGACCUGCCUUCCUGGGCAGGAUGCUCGACACGAUCUCCCUGAACACCCAGAAGCUGUGUCUGUGCUGUGUGGUCUCACCUGACCUAGACUUGGACAACAUCCCUGAGGAGAAGCUGGAGUAGAAGGAGAGACUAAGCCAUAGGUGGAACAUACAGCCCACCAUCACAGCUACACUCCACCGCCCUCCUCCUCCACAAGGCUUAUCGAUGAAGCAGUUUAUUCUCUUUUUUUUCUCCCAUUUUUUAAUUUUUUUAUUUAAUUGAUGUGAAUUGAUUUCCUAUGGGACUGCACAGUGAGUGUGUUGUGUUCAGUGCUAUGGUUGGCCUGAGGGAAGCCACUUGCUAGUGCUGGUGACCUGCCACAUGCAAAACAGCACAAUGUAGUUCACUCCUACUGGUUACACCUAUGGACACUGUCAAUUAUGGAAGUUGAACCAUUUGAAAAAAGCAAGAAAUCCAAAUGGAGAUUUCAACAGGACCUCCUACUGACCAUUUAGGACCUCCUACUGACCAUUUAGGACCUCCUACUGACCAUUUAGGACCUCCUACUGACCAUUUAGGACCUCCUACUGACCAUUUAGGACCUCCUACUGACCAAAGAUUGGGUUUGAAGUUAGUGGAGAUUGAAGUGUUUGUUGCUUUGUCUAGAUAUUGAAUGAGUUGGAUAUUAAAGUCAUGAUUUUUUAUUUUUUUAAAGUUGGGAGGGGUUAAUCAAAGAUACCUGUUCUAACCCAACAGUACUUUCCUUAGGCCAGAUGUGUGUGCUCGCAAAUUGCUUAUCAAUGACCUGUCUUUGACAGUUUUAGUUCUGUAUUCUCCUAUACAAGGGUCACUGAAGAUUAUUCCAUCCACUUAGUGAUGGUGUCAAGUGACUUAUGUACUGUAUGGAAACUGGCAUGGGUUGAGCCAUUAUGGAGUUGAAGUAAUGUUUAUUGGUGAACCGACUGAAUUUAGAACAAAAUGGUUCCUAUUUGGUUCUUUAGUUGUCUCUACCAAGCUACGCUAUUCUCCCUGAUAACUCACUCGUUCCCAUGACAAGAGAUUACUGUUUGUUGCCUUUUCCGUCCUGCCGUUUGUUUUAAAGCGUUAUUUAUGACCCGUUUGUCCUUGACGGACUGACGACAGUCAUUUAGUUACUGUUGCCUUUAGGCCACUUUUGAUCUCACUUGGAUGCUAUCAUUCUAUAUGACAUCACCAGUUAUUCACAUUGUUACUGUUACCAUGGUUGUCCUAUUGAUGUCCAGAAAGUAACACGUAUGCCCAUGGAUUCUUUAGAUAUUUAGCCUAUGCCGUUAUUACGCUACGGUAGCGCUCUAAGCAAUACAGCACGAGCAGGUGUGGUAUAUGGCCAAUCUAGCACGGCUUAGGACUGUUCAUAGGCACGAUGCAACGCGGCCAUAUACCACAAACCCCCGAGGGGCAUUAUUGCUAUCGUCAACUGGCUACCAACAUAAAAAUAAACUCCCAUCAGCAUUCUGAGCUCAAACCACCCAGUUCAUAACACCUUUUAUCCUAUUCAUUAUAACACCUUUUAUCCUAUUCCAAGGGUUGGCAACUUUUUUUUUUGGUCUUUUGUUUAGGAAUUUAGUUUUAAAUUCUUAUUUGAAAAUAAAAUCUCUUUUAGUAAUGCUCAAUUUGCAAACAUCGGAGCAAUACCCUUAGUACACAAAUCUACCGUAGUUAGCUUUCUCAGUCAGCGUUGAAGUCACCUACAGCGGCAUGUUAACGGCACUCGAUAUUCAAAUUAGUAAAAAUUUUAUUGACACAUUUCAAACCAGAAGCCUUUCUGAAGAACCAAACUGACUGUUACUGAUGUAGAAAUGGGCAACUGUAUAAAGGAUAUGUCCAAUGUUUUUUUAAAAUAGAAAACAUAAGCGUUUGUUACAAUUUUAGAUGGUUAUCCUAUUAAUUAAAUCUCAGCCAUAGACUUGUCAUGCAUGUCUCACUUUCAAUUGUUUUUUGUCAUCUUGUUUUAGACCUAGAAAUCCUACAACAUACAGUUGAAGUCAGAAGUUUACAUACACCUUAGCCAAAUAAAUUUAAAUUAAGUUUUUCACAAUUCCUGACAUUUAAUCCUAGUAAAAAUUCCCUGUCUUGGGUCAGUUAGGAUCACCACUUUUAUUAAGAAUGUGAAAUGUCGGAAUAAUAGUUAUUUCUUUCAGCACAUUCCCAGUGUGUCAGGAGUUUACAUACACUCAAUUAGUAUUGGAUAGCAUUGUCUAAGUUGUUUAACUUGGGUCAAACGUUUCGGGUAGCCUUCCACAAGCUUCCCAGAAUUAAUUUUAGUCCAUUCCUCCAGACAAGAGUUGAUGUAACUGAGUCAGGUUUGUAGGCCUCCUUGCUCGCACAUGUUUUUUUGAGGUCAGGCUUUUGUGAUGGCCACUCCAAUACCUUGACUUUGUUGUACAUAAGGCAUUUUGCCACAACUU